AUGGCUUAACUACAUCACUUGGGGGUGUGAAAAUCCACACAUGCCUGAACAACAUAGUUAAGACAACCUAACAUCCAGUGUAGAUAGUGCUAAAUUGAUGGAAGAAUUCUUCCAUUGACCUACAAUUCCACCUCUUCUGGAGCUAGAUUACCUGUUCUGUCAGUAGAACCCCUCCCAUCAGCAUAGGUAGUGUCUAUGCUGAAGCAUUACAGUGGUGCAAUUGUGCUGCUGUAGCAUUUCAAGUAUAGACAAGUCAUAAGUGGCUGCGUAUGAGAGAACCAAAAUAAAAUCCAGUGACUGCAGUCUCUGACCUUUCCCAGGGUGUCUGAGCAGUGUAAUGGCCAUCUGAGCGGGUCCAUCGAUGCAUGUGUGGUGUUCUGUAGUUGAGGUUGAAAUUAUUUCCUGUUAAAUCUCACUUUUUUUAGACCCCACUCAAAAGAAAUCAAUCCCCUCAAAAGAAAUCAGUCCCUUGAAACAUUACUUACCUCAUCUGUAGUAGCACGGAGUGUCUUUCUGGGGAGCUGAAUUCAGAAAAGGAGUUAUAAAGCAAUGUUGAAAACUCACCUUUGAACACUUUCCCAAUCAUUUUGCUAAUAUCUACAAAAAAAAACCUUUGCUUUCAAAGUCGUGUGUGUUGGCAAGUGCUGCAGCUUCUCCACUGUACUGUAGAUUCUUAUGACUGUGACAAAAGAGGGUUUUUCUGUCACUGUAAUAAGUGCAUCCCCGUGAGAGGCAGUAGCUAAGUCAAAGGACUAAGUCUUCAUUUGACAUAGGGUGUCUACAUCAGGGCUUAGGUUGCCUUAACUUACCUGAAUUUAUCUCUCUCAACUCUUCUCACCCCGAGUGGUGUAGCUAAGUUGACAUAAGCUUUAGGUGUAGACUAGGCCUCUGUGUGUUUUGGUGGGGCUUAUUGAGGUAAUUACAAGGAAAACUAUUCUUGAAUGUACACAGAGCAGAGUUUGAAAUGUAAAUUGAACUUCUUUUAGGGCUCUCCAACGUUUUGCCAUUAUGUGGCUUUUGCUUAGCUAGUAGAAGUUGUCACUCAGUGGAGUGGUGGUCAUUUAUAAGCUCCAGAACUACACUUGAUUUUUCUGUUGGUGACUGGAGUCUGUAAAUACAGGUCCAGUAUCUACUAAUGGUUACUAGAUGGGGUUUAUACAGAUGCCAAAUUUAAGUUUUUGAUUACUUCAAUUAACUUUCAGGCUUCGUCAAAGGCUCAACCAUGAAAGAUCCAAGUCGCAGCAGUACUAGCCCAAGCAUCAUCAAUGAAGAUGUGAUUAUUAAUGGUCACUCUCAUGAAGACGACAAUCCGUUUGCUGAGUAUAUGUGGAUGGAAAAUGAAGAGGAGUUUAACAGGCAGAUUGAAGAGGAGUUAUGGGAAGAAGAAUUUAUUGAGCGUUGUUUCCAGGAAAUGCUGGAAGAGGAGGAAGAACAUGAGUGGUUUAUUCCUGCUCGAGACCUCCCACAAACAAUGGAUCAAAUCCAGGACCAGUUUAAUGACCUCGUUAUCAGUGACAGCUCAUCACUGGAGGAUCUGGUGGUCAAGAGUAAUCUGAAUCCAAACGCAAAGGAGUUUGUUCCUGGGGUGAAGUACUAAAUAUAUGAGUAGACUGGGCCCUCUUUUGGUGGAUGUAGCACAAUUUCCACACUGUGAAGCCAGUAUUAGAAGAUUUAAUUGUAAAAGCUCUCUCUUCUCGUCACUGUGUUACACUUAUGCAUUGCCAAAGUUUUGUUAGUCUUGCAUGCUUAAUAAAAGUGCUGAGACUGUUAUUAAGUAAAAAGCUGUCAAAAGUUUAAUGAAAACAUAAUUGGACCUUGGCUUUCUGUGAAGGAGACAGUGAGGUAAGAAGCACCAGUCAAGUUGAGACAAAGUACCAAAUUUAUGAAAACCUCUUGCAGACUCUGUUUUUUAAAAGGAUUUAGGAUUUAACUAAGGAUGGUCUGUUACUAAAACAUGUCAACUGGUGUUAAUUUGCACCUGAUAAUGCCUUAACUUAAAAAUAAAAGCAAGGUUAUCGGAUAAUUAUGCAAAUUAGCUAACUUUCCGUUUCAGUAUUUUUACUAAUGUUAAUUUUCUUCCUUAAAAAAAACUUUACUUCAUGCUCUUCUUUUUGAAAAGUGUGAAUGAACGAUCAUACCAGACUUCUACAGACCUGUGCAGAGUCCUAGAUCUCAGCUACUGAACUAACAAACAAGCAGUUGGAAGAAAUGUCCUAUAUUUACAGAAUAUCGUGUUACAAAUGUUUGUUUCACUUGCUAAUUACAUUUAAGGAGAUAUGUUUCAUCACAAUUUCUUCCAAGAACUUGGCUACAUAGCACACUGUCUAUGUAACUUCUAGCGUACAACCUUUAAUAGAGCUGGAUUUAACCAAGAAAACUUUAGCGUUAGUGAUUUGAGUGGUGCUUUUCCCUUGCUUUGUUUAAUCAUCACUACACAAUAGUCUACAGCACAACAACUUUUUUCUUUUAAUAAAGCUAGAACAGUUUUGGCUUCUUAAACUUCAUAUUUGGGUAGGUUAAGCUGCCAUACGUGUUCAGUGUGAAUAGUGUUUAAGUUGAAAAUAUUGUAAAAAAAUUAUAUUUUUUCAAAAAUAUUUAAAAAAAUAAAUAAUAGUAGAAAUGA